AUGGGUGACCGUAAAACAGUGAACAAAUACUACCCUCCAGAUUUCGAUCCUUCGAAAAUCACGAAGAAGAGGAAAUCCAUUAAGGAGUCAGCAGCAGCAAGUUUGCAAACUGUGCGGUUGAUGGCUCCGUUCUCUAUGCGAUGUACGACAUGUGGCGAGUUCAUAUAUCGAGGAAAGAAAUUUAAUGCAAAAAAGCAGCCUACCGGUGAAUCAUAUUUAGGGAUCAAGAUCAUUCGUUUCUAUAUCCGAUGUCCUCGCUGUGCUGGAGAGAUUAGGUUCAAAACUGAUCCGAAAAUUGGCGAUUAUGUUACAGAACAGGGAGCUGAACGGAACAGAGAACCAUGGCGUGAAAAAGCAGAAGAGGAGGAGGAUCUCGAGCAGAGGCUUGAUCGUCUAGAAAGAGAGGAAAUCGAGCAACAAGAAAGGGAGCAAUUGAGAAAACAAUAUGGAAUAGCGGGUGCAGUCACCGCAAAGAAGGAUCAGAAUAAUCCAGAUGCCGACAUUAUGGCUGAACUUGAAAGCAAAGUCCUAGAUAGCAAAAGAGAGAUGGAAAUUCAAGAUGAGCUGGAUGCCAUUCGAACCCGUAAUGCUCGUAUUGAGAUGGCUGCUUCAGGGGGAGGAUUGCUGGAGCGUGCUCAGGAGGUCGUACAGUCAGCCGUUGUCGGGAAGAAGAAACUAGAAGAGGAAGAAGAUGAAGAAGCAGCAAGAAAGGCAUUUAAACGGACUUCGGAUGGUGUAAUUAUUAGACAGGCUCGACCACCAGAUGAUACUGGGCCAUCAGCGACAAGUACUUCUAAUGUUUCCAGUACUGUGCCCAUAAAGCCUACGGUCCCUAAUGCAUCACUGUUCAAUCCAACUAGUGUUCUGAAGAAGCCCGUGAAAGGGGGUAAAAAACUGAAUGCUUUGGGCGUCGUAGUAAAGAAAAAAAGCCUAGUCUAA